CCCCCCCCCCCCCCCCCGCUUUCUUGCCUAUCUUCUUCCCCAAAUUCACUGCUCAAUUUUCAAAAAUGUCUUCUUUCAAUCCUUCUGCACCUCCCAUGCCUAAUUCAUCAUCAUCUUAUUCCUCUAAUCCAAACAAUUACAACCCUAAUUACAGUAAUAAUUACAAUCAAAAUCACAAUUACCCACCACCGGCCCAAAUCAACCAUGUGAGCCACCAAUCAUACUCUACUCCACCUUCUACUUCUAGUCUUCUUCCGUAUGGCGGUGGAAACGGCGGCGGAGCAUCAAGUUAUGGGCACAAUUACAACCCUUUUCCACCAGGAACUGACCCCGAAAUCAUUCGAAGCUUCCAGAUGGUGGACCGCGAUAACAGCGGUUUUAUUGACGAUUCUGAGCUUCAGAACGCUCUUUCUUCCGCUUACCACCGCUUCAAUCUUAGCACUAUUCGUCUACUCAUCUUCCUAUUCAAGAACCCGACUGAAAAGUCCCUCAAAAUCCGUCCAGGGGAAUUUGCUGCAUUGUGGAGUUGCCUGGGUCAAUGGCGUGCAAUAUUUGAGAGAUUCGAUAGAGAUCGAAGUGGGAAAAUUGAUGUACAGGAACUAAGGGAUGCUCUUUACAGUUUGGGAUUCGCGGUCCCUCCUUCAGUCCUUCAACUUUUGAUUUCCCGUUAUGACAAUGGGAGUGGCCAGAAAGCUCAGCUUAAUUUUGAUAGCUUUAUUGAAUGCGGCAUGGUUGUAAAGGGUUUAACGGAAAAAUUCAAAGAGAAGGACACACGUUACACUGGUUCUGCAACCAUCAGCUAUGAUGAUUUCAUGACAAUGGUUCUUCCAUAUCUUGUAACGUACAAUUAACUGAAUGUAAUUUCAUGCUGUUAUGAUUUUUGUUGGAUAUGUAAUUAUGUAUUGUUUCUAUGAGCAUAUUUGCUGUAAAUGGAGGUAGGUUAUUUUUAGGCGGAUUUUCCAUCUGGUUUGGUGUUGCAAAAAUGAAUAUCUGAAUAAAAAGUUUUCCUUUUCAGGAGACCGUCUUAGAUA